ACAUGUUUGUCAGUUUGCUCUCCUGUGAGAAGAUUUUAUCAAGUGUUCGCUCACAGAGUUCAAAGGCGUAACUUCCUGAUUGCAGUGACAACCCUGUUGGUAACUUGGUUUGAUCCCCUCGUCUACUCUCACAACUUGAGUUCCUCGACAAUUCAAUUCCAGGCUUGUGGACUGUGAAAUCUGUUCAAAUAAUGGACAAGUUGAAUCUAGCUCAAUUGGGUGAGAAGCUGAAGACGAGUGGAGCUCAAAUGGGUCGAAUUGUUAGUGACAAAAUGAAGGAAAUUUUGCAAACCCCUACUCCUGAAUCAAAGAUGGUUGACGAAGCAACAUCGGAGACCCUAGAGGAACCCAACUGGGGUAUGAAUUUGAGGAUAUGUGCAAUGAUCAAUAGUGGAGAAUUUAAUGGAUCCGAGAUUGUGAAGGCCAUAAAGAAGAAGAUUUCAAGCAAGAACCCAGUGAGCCAGAGGCUGAGUCUUGACUUGCUGGAAGCCUGUACUAUGAAUUGUGAGAAAGUGUUUUCUGAGGUGGCAUCAGAGAAGGUGCUUGAAGAUAUGGUUCGAAUGAUUGAUAAUCCACUAACAGAUCAUCAGAAUAGAAGAAGGGCCUUGCAGUUGAUCAGGGCUUGGGGAGAGUCAGGGGAUCUUGCCUACCUACCGGUGUUUCGUCAAACCUAUAUGAGCCUGAAAGGAAGAAGUUUGCCUCUGGAGAUAGAUGGAGAAAAUUCAGCGCAUGUUCCAUAUUCCUUGGAGUCUCAUGUACAUGAAGAUUCAUUAGAUCCUCCUGAAAGUUAUCCUAUUCCUGAUGCUGCAUUUCAUGUGAUGAAUAGAUCUGGUUUCUCUUCUAGUCCCAGAAGCCUAUCGGUUGAAGAGAAAAAGGAGCAUCUUGUCAUUGCUCGAAACAGUCUUGAAUUACUCUCUACCAUAUUAAAUUCUGGAGCAGAGCCAAAAUUGUUGAAGGAAGAUGUGACUGUGAGCUUGUUGGAAAAGUGCAGGCAGUCACUAUCUGUCAUUAAGGUGAUUGUUGAAAGCACCGCUGAUGAUGAGGGAACACUUUUUGAGGCUUUGAACCUUAAUGAUGAGCUACAACAAGUAGUUUCCAAGUACGAGGAGUCGGAAGCUGCCCAAGACUCUAGAGCACAACCAUAUGUAGCAGCUGAUACCACGAAGCAUGUUGCAGAAGCUGUUCAAAAUCCCAUCGGACCACCUGAAAGCGUUGAAGGUGAUGAACCUCGUGAGUCAGAUGCUGCUGAUAGACUUCAGAGGAAGGUGUCCAAUAAGCCCGACGCUUCUGAGGUCAAUUCUACUACUGUUGUUUAUAAUCACUGUGAGGCCAACACAACGAAUUGCGCAAAAGACAAGGAUGCUGAAUUGAGCGGCAAGAGAGAUGCUGAAUAAGGAAAGAGGAAGUCGGCAUGGUUCGUGUAGCAUUAAAUUUUAUCGCUGUCCAUAUCUUAGUAGUAGCUUUUGGUUCUUUCGUGCUGUUGACCGUAUCUCUAGAACAUGAAAGUGGCCGGAGUUUCUCCCUGAACGCCUGUGAAACUUUAUAUCUAAUUGGGAUAUCAUGCGUGUUUCUUGUGACUUGA